AAUCUAUGGUUUCGAACAGCUUCUCGGCAAUCAAUCAAAGUGGUUGAGUUUUCUGAUAAUUUAACUAGUUAUAUUAUAGGUAUUCUAGUUUUCGAUAUAGUAAUAAAAUUUCCUCAAUGAGCAAUAAUUUAGGACAAUUUGCGGGUGGUAAAAACCCAGCAUGGGGCAGGAACAACAAUCCUCAAAAUAUGGUGUCUCAAAAUAACCAAGGACUUAAUGUACCUCAAAUGAUGAAUCAAAUGGGAAAUAUGAAUAAUACUGCUGUAUUACAAUUCCAGCAGCAACAUCCCCAAGUAUUUCAGAAUGCUUUAGGUAUCCAACAGCAAAAUUUAGGAAUUGGUUUGCAGCAAAUGGCCAAUAAUGCUCUUGGCGCUUCACAGUUGGCAUCAAACCAAAUCUUUCAACAAGUUUCGUACCCUAACCCGAGGGCGUUGAAUACUGCUGCAUUUCAAACAUCACAAAAUUUACCCCCUUUAUCUCAACUGAGCAGCAACAAUACAAAUACGAAGCAGAGGGUUUUUACUGGUACUGUGACUAAGGUUCAUGAUAACUUUGGAUUUGUCGAUGAAGAAGUCUUUUUUCAAACGAAUGCUUGCUCGAAGGGUUUAAAUCCUUCUGUUGGAGAUCGAGUUUUAGUUGAAGCUUCUUACAAUCCUUCCAUGCCAUUCAAAUGGAAUGCAACUCGAAUUCAAGUUUUACCAACCUCAAGUGGAAAUAAUCAACAACAAUCAAAUCGUCAUUCUAGUAGUAACUCGUCAUCUAAAAACUACAAUUCUUCAGGAUAUAAUGCAGUACCUCCCCCUGAACCAAAUAGUAAUUUCAGCAGUAGUAGGAGUAAUAGUAAUAGACCUAAAGCUUCAGCUGGUGGUCGAGGAAGAGAAAGAUCUCGUGAGAGAGAUCGUGAAGAUGAGGAGGUUGAAAGAAAAAGAAGACGAGAAGAAAGACAACAAAGAGCGAGAGAGAAGGAAGACAAAAAAUCUCCUAUUAGAAGAAGGUCCCGUUCUCCAAAAGUGAGAAGGAGACCAAGAAUAGUUCCAAGAUAUAUGGUACAAAUUCCAAAGAUUGCAUUGAACUUAUUCAAUGCAGAUGUUUUGGAGGUUCGUAGGAGGUAUGCUAACAUGUAUAUUCCGUCUGAUUUCUUCCACAGUAACUUUGAAUGGACUAAAGCCUUUCCUUCAAAUAAGCCAUUUUCACUUAGUAAGCCUUGCUCAUAUCACAUCAUGAGUAAAGAAACCGAACCAGUGGUAGAGAAUGAUGCUGUAUUAGAACCGUCAGACUCAGAUUACCUGUUUUCAGCCAAGGUUAUGUUGAUCAAUGUGCCCGGAAUUGAGGAACUCUAUCAUAAAUCGUGUGCAAUGGCAGAGGACGAAGAAAAAAAAGAUAGGGAUGCAGAUGAAAAAGACUAUAUUCACCCCUCACGUCUCAUCAACUUUCUUGUCGGUCUAAGAGGUAAAAACGAAACAAUGGCCAUCGGUGGUCCUUGGAGUCCAUCUCUAGAUGGUCUCAAUCCUGAGAAGGAUCCAUCGGUCCUUAUUCGUACUGCUAUUAGAACAUGCAAGGCUCUCACCGGAAUUGAUUUGUCAAAUUGUACACAAUGGUACCGGUUCGUGGAGCUGUAUUACCAUCGCAGCGAGUCUGUUCACAAGGGGAAAACCAUUCCUGCUAGAGUCGAGACGGUGGUCAUCUAUCUGCCUGAUGUGUGGAGCUGUGUACCAACUCGCCUUGAGUGGGACAACCUUGUGCAGUCCUACCAAAAGGUGCUAGAACGCGAGCUGAAGUCCGACCAGGAGCCAAUGGAAGAGGCUCAACUCGAUGAAAAGGAAGAAGAACAAAGUUUGGACAAGGUGGAUCCCACUCAUUACUCACUCUUGGAUGUGAAGACAAUGACUGUCAACGAUUUGAAGAAGGAACUCAAUGCUCGUGGUGCCAACAUCAAAGGAUUGAAAUCACAACUGGCGGCAAGACUUGGAAAAUUACUAAAGACAGAAACCGAAAACGACAAUGAUAAUGAAGCAAAAGAAAGUGUUGUGGAUUCCGAACCUGAGGCUGUCGUGCAAGAAGAGAAGAAACCAGAGGUGGAGGAAAAAAAACUGGACGAAAAAGAGAAGGCCCUCCUACAAAAACGUUAUACACUGCCAGAUCAACAGCACAUCAUAGUCCAUCCGUCCAAGACAGCUAAAUCUGGCAAAUUCGAUUGUACAGUUAUGUCUUUAUCCCUUCUUCUAGAUUAUAGACCCGAAGAUACCAAGGAACACUUUUUCGAAGUAUCUCUAUUCGCCGAACUUUUCAAUGAAAUGCUUAUGCGAGAUUUUGGAUUCAAUAUAUAUAAAGCAUUAUGUCAACUGCCAGAAAAACCAAAAGAGAAAGAAGAACCAAAAAAACGCGAGAAAGACGACCGUAAAGGAGAUGAUAAGAGUGAUAAGAAAAAGCACGAAGAUAAGAAGAAGGACGAGGAUAAGAAGAAAGAUGGAGAAAAGAAGGAAGAUGAUGACAAGCAACAAAAAGAAGAUGAGAGAGAUAAAAAAAGUGAUGAGAGUAGAGACGAAGAUAAAAAGAAGUCCGAAUCAAAGAAGAGUGAUAGGAAAUCAUAUGACAGUGAUGACGAUGAAGAUGGUGAAGAAGAUGACGAAAAGGACAAAAAGAAAGAUAAAGAUAAGAAAAAGAGCCGUGUUAAAUUGUACACCAAACACAAACACCUCCUACUGUCGUUUGUUUAUUUUGACCAAACUCAUUGUGGCUAUAUAUUCGACAAAGAUAUCGAAGAUCUCUUAUAUAAUUUAGGUCUGAGUCUGUCUAGGGCGCAAAUAAGGAAACUGGUGGGUAAAGUGAUCACCAGAGAUAGUUUACAUUAUAGAAAAUUGACUGAUAAAUCAAAAGAUGAGGAAUCGCCGAUCAAGGAAGAAUUGGAAGAAGCGGUUGUCAAAGAUAUGGCCGUAGGGAACAAUAAACUCCUUCCAUUAUUCAUUGAUGAGAAAGAAACUGAUAGGAAAAUUGAAACAAAGUCUACACAAGAAGUAAAGAGCACAGAGGGUAUGGUUAUGUUUCAAGGUGCUCUUGUGGACGUUGGUAAGUUAAUGUUACAACUGGAGAGAAGUGACAAGGCCCGAAUAGAAGCAGAUUCUCGAGUUUCAAGCCUUAAAAAUGAAAACAACAAGCUCAGCGACAAAUAUGAAAAAGCCAAUCAGCAUAUUAAACGUAUAAAUUCUGAACUGAAGGAGUACAAAGAUAAAUUCAGGAAUAGCGAAGAUACUUUAUCAAAAACCUUGGCGUAUUCGAAAUUGUUUCAAACAACGUUGACUGAAAUAAGAGACAAAAUAGACCCCGUCCUUAAAAGUACCUCGAUCAAUAAAGAAGAAAGUAUGAAAAAGGAAAAAGACGGCGAUAGAGAUAAGAAAGAAAAAGAUGAAGGUAAAUCUAGAUGGGAGAAAGAUGUGAAAUCGGAGAUGGAAGUCGAUGAGCCUAUGGAUGAAAAGAGUCAUUCUAAAUGAGUUUUAUUGUAUUUAAUCGAUUGAAAUAGAAUUGUAAGAUAAGUUGA